AUGACCGACACAACACAGAUGCAAUCGCAAUCACAAUUGCAAAAACUCCCCAUUCGCACCCAACACUGCCGCUUCUGCAACCAUCUCCUCCUCUCCACGACCCGCGAUCUAUCCACGCUUCCGCGCCGCCAAUCCCCCGGUGCUGAUUCCGCGCUGAUCCUCCCGCUGGAAAAACUACGCAGUUCCGCGGACGAGGCGGACGACGAGCAGAAUGGUGCGAAUUCCGCUACGAGGAACAGCUCCGUCAAACACGUUACGCUGCUUCUUUCCACGACUAUUCCUGAUCGCCGCGCUACGCUGAUCCGGCGGGAAGACGGGAUCGAGAAACGGGUGUUGUUGCGGUGUGGUCGGUGUCGCGUGGUGGUUGGGUAUUACUUGGAUCGGGUGCAUUGGGCGGAGGAACGAAAGGGUCAGAAUGGGCGGGAGGAGAAUGGAGAGGCAGAGGAGGAGGAGGAAAGGCCACCGGCCAUGUACGUGCUGCCGGGAGCUUUGGUGGAAACGGAGAAGAUGGGUGGAGAAGGUGAGGGUGAGAAGGAGUGGCGACAGUGGGCGGGAGAUGCUUGA